UCCCCCCAUUUCAAACCCGUUCCUCCCCCCUUUCCCGAACCCUAGCGCUCUCGAUCCCCAGUUCCUCUCUCCCUCGCGUCUUCGGCGUCCCGCUAGGGUUUGGGCUUCGUCUCCCGCCGUUUCGUUCUUGGAUCUGGGACCUGGAUCCGUUGGAUUCUGGAAUGGCGGCGGAUGCCUCCGCCAAGGUGGAGGCGGAGGAGAGGGACUGCGACUGCGACCUGGAAGGGCGGCUGGAUGGGCCCAAGCGAAUAAAGAUGCGGGAUCUGGAAUCGGUUCUUCGGGCGCAAGGAACAAGGAACUGUAGUUUAGAUUCGUCAACAAUUAACGAAGAAAAGGUACUUGGACAUGAUAAAAAAGAAGACACUGAUUCUGGAAUUACAAUGGCUACCAAAUCUGUGAUUUUGGACAAGCUUGCAUCAGAGACUACAAGUCAUAGUUCUGUUGAAGAUAUUGCUGCUUGUCUGACUUUGGGUCCUUCUGGCAGUACAAGUUCUUUGAGCUUGGGGCAUGAUGGUCUGCCGGUAUCUGCUACAGAAUUUAGUAAUGAAUCUUGCCCCAUCGAAGCAAAGAUGGGGAGUGAACAAAAUGGAGGUAAGCUGGUGGGGCUAGAAGUGGAUCUUAAUUCGCUGAGCACAGAACACAAUCCAUUUUAUCCUUUCAAAAAGUUGGGACAGAUCAAAUCUGCAGAUGCCUCCGAGAGUGGUAGCACCACUGGUCCGGUUGAGGAGAGUGGACCUCUGAGAAUGUGGAAGGAAAUGAAGCAGAAUGGCUUUCUUUCAUCAUCACAUGGAGGCAUACCGAUGCCCCGGCAGCGCGGUCGCCAGUCAAGAAAGAGAAAAGAGGAUGAACUCCGAAGCAAGACCGAGAUUGCGAAGAGAGAACAGGCCAACAGGUUUGCAAGAAUUGCUGCUCCCAGUGGAUUGCUUUCUGGACUAAACCCAGGGAUCAUCAACCAUGUAAGAAAUAGCAAGCAGGUUCACUCCAUCAUAGAGGCCAUAGUGCGCUCUGAGAAACAUGAUGGUCAAAGUCAGAAUAGGAUCACCGACCAAAUGGGCAGAGGAAGAAAAGAGAUUAAUGAGAGAAGAAAAGAGCAUAUCCGGACCCAAGAUUCAACAAUCAAGCAGAUCAAUGUCUCUACAAGCAAGCCAGGUAUUCCACCAAACAUGGAGUAUACAGGUGAAGUCAACGAAAUGGACAAGGUUAGGCACAAGUUUAAUCAAGGAGCUUGUGCGACUUCACAGCUGACAACUUCGGGCCGUGGGGACGAUGCACUUACGUUAAAGCUCUCACCAGCUACGACAAUGGUUUCGGAAAAUGCUAGCAGUGCAACAACUGAUGAAUUUUCUGCGAAUCGGGAGAACCCUGACACUCUAUCUCUUGAAGCUGCCAAUGUUGCUUCCCAGUGGUUGGACCUUCUUCAGCAGGACAUAAAAGGACGGCUCGCUGCACUACGGCGCAGCAAGAAGAGAGUAAGGAAUGUCAUACAGACCGAAUUGCCUUACCUGUUAUCCAAAGAGUUCAUGUCUAACCAGGAAAAUGAACCUUAUUUUGCGCAAUCGUCCGAGGCUGGUUGUUCUUCGAAGGCAAUCUCAGAUAUGCAUGUGGCACGUUGGAGAUCUCUUUUUAGCCAAAUGGACAAAGCACUGUUCGAGGAGGGAAAGCACCUUGAGAACUGGUUGAAACAAAUUCAAGAGAUGCAAUUGCACUGUGAGAACGGCCUUAAGUUCGUUGUUUCAGGUGCUUCUUCCCAUCUAAUUUCAGCAAACGAUUCAAGUAAACCUAAGAAAUCUGAAGCUGUAGAGAGGGAGUGUGCGGUCUGGGCUGCAGCAGCAUCCAUCUACUCCACAUGCAACUUGAUCAUGACGACAGAAAACGUGUGAUGCUUCUGAACUCAGUAACCCCUUUGCACUUCCUUCACUAAUUAAACAAUCUUGGUAACUUGCUCAUGCCAAAUUGCCGCAUUCCAUUCUAUAAAUUAGGGGACUUGUGAUUUCUCUUGCACUUGUUUUAUGUGCAUUUGCGUCAACUCGUGUCAAAAUCUCUCUCUGACAUUAAUCGUAUUUGUUAAUCUUUAUUGUAAUGGUGAUUUUUUGCCCACAAAAAUUGAUGUUUCUAUUGAAAGCAGUGUGAUAUUUUCAAUAAAAGAACUUGAGACUAUAGUCUCAUUGUUAG